AUGGACGUGGACGUAAACAUGGACGUGGACAUGGUCGUGGACGUGGACGUGGACAUGGACGUGGACGUGGACAAGGACGUGGACGUGGACGUGGACAUGGACGUGGACGUGGACAUGGACGUGGACGUGGACAUGGACGUGGACGAGGACGUGGACGUGGACGUGGACGUGGAGGUGGACGUGGAGGACGUGGACGUGGACAUGGACGUGGACGUGGACAUGGACGUGGACGUGGAGAUGGACGUGGAGGUGGACAUGGACGUGGACGUGGACGUGGACGUGGACGUGGACAUUGACGUGGACGUGGAGGACUUGGACGUGGACAUGGACGUGGACGUGGACGUAGACAUGGACGUGGACGUGGACAUGGACAUGGACGUGGACAUGGACGUGGACGUGGACGUGGACAUGGACGUGGAGGUGGACAUGGACGUGGACAUGGACGUGGACGUGGACGUGGACAUGGACGUGGACGUGGACGUGGACGUGAACGUGGACGGGGACGUGGACGUGGACGUGGACGCGGACGUGGACGUGGACGUGGACGUGGACGUGAACGUGGACAUGGACGUGGACGUGGACGUGGACGUAGACGUGGACGUGGACGUGGACGUGGACAUGGACGUGGACGUAGACGUGGACGUGGACAUGGACGCGGACGUGGACGCAGACGUGGACGUGGACGUGGACGUGGACAUGGACGUGGACGUGGACGUGGACGUGGAGAGGGACGUAGACGUGGACGUGGACGUGGACGUGGACGUGGAGAGGGACGUAGACGUGGACGUGGACGUGGACGUGGACAUGGACGUGGACGUUGAUGUGGACGUGGAGGACUUGGACGUGGACAUGGACGUGGACGUGGACGUGGACCUGGACGUGGACGUGGACAUGGACGUGGACGUGGACAUGGACGUGGACGUGGACGUGGACGUGGACAUGGACGUGGACGUGGACGUGGAAGUGAACGUGGACGUGGACGUGGACGUGGACGUGGUAAUGGACGUGGACGUUGACGUGGAUGUGGACGUGGACGUGGACGUGGACAUGGACGAGGACGUGGACGUGGACGUGGACAUGGACGAGGACGUGGACGUGAACGUGGACGUGGACGUGAACGUGGACGUGGACGUGGACGUGGACGUGGACAUGGACGUGGACGUGGACGUGGUCGUGGACGUGGACGUGGACGUGGACGUGGACGUGGACUUGGACGUGGACGUGGACGUGGACGUGGACGUGGACAUGGACGUGGACGUGGACGUGGACAUGGACGUGGACGUGGACGUGGACGUGGACGUGAACGUGGACGUGGACGUGGACGUGGACGUGGACGUGGACGUGGACGUGGACAUGGACGUGGACGUGGACGUGGACGUGAACAUGGACGUGGACGUGGACGUGGACCUGAACGUGGACGUGGACGUGGAGGACUUGGACGUGGACAUGGACGUGGACGUGGACGUGGACGUGGACAUGGACAUGGACGUGGACGUGGACAUGGACGUGGACGUGGACAUGGACAUGGACGUGGACGUGGACGUGGACGUGGACGAGGACGUGAACGUGGACGUGGACGUGGACAUGGUCGUGGACGUGGACGUGGUCGUGGACGUGGACGUGGACGUGGACGUGGACAUGGACGUGGACGUGGACGUGGACGUGGACAUGGACGUAGACGUGGACGUGGACGUGGAUGUGGACGUGGAUAUGGACGUGGACAUUGACGUGGACGUGGAGGACUUGGACGUGGACAUGAACGUGGACGUGGACGUGGACGUGGACAUGGACGGGGACGUGGACGUGGACGUGGACGUGGACGUGGACGUGGACGUGAACGUGGACGUGGACGUGGACGUGAACGUGGACAUGGACGUGGAAAUGGACGUGGACGUGGACAUGGACAUGGACGUGGACGUGGACGUGGACGUGGACGUGGACAUGGACGUGGACGUGGACGUGGACAUGGACGUGGACGUGGACGUCAAGGACUUGGACGUGGACGUGGACGUGGACGUGGACAUGGACGUGGACGUGGAUAUGGAAAUGGACGUGGACGUGGACUUGGACGUGGACGUGGACGUGGACGUGGAGGACUUGGACGUGGACAUGGACGUGGACGUGGAUGUGGACGUGGACAUGGACGUGGACGUGGACAUGGACGUGGACGGGGACAUGGACGUGGACGUGGACAUGGACAUGGACGUGGACGUGGACGUGGACGUGGAAAUGGUCGUGGACGUGGACAUGGUCGUGGACGUGGACGUGGCAUGGACGGACGUGGACGUGGACGUGGAAGUGAACGUGGACGUGGACGUGGACGUGGUAAUGGACGUGGACGUUGACGUGGAUGUGGACGUGGACGUGGACGUGGACAUGGACGUGGACGUGGACGUGAACGUGGACGUGGACGUGGACGUGGACAUGGACGUGGACGUGGACGUGGACGUGGACGUGGACAUGGACGUGGACGUGGACGUCGACGUGGACGUGGACAUGGACAUUGACGUGGACGUGGACGUGGACGUGGACGUGGACGUGGACGUGGACGUGGACGUGGACGUGGACAUGGACGUGGACAUGUACGUGGACGUGGACAUGGACGUGGACGUGGACAUGGACGUGGACGUGGACGUGGACGUGGACAUGGACGUGGACGUGGACGUGGACGUGAACGUGGACAUGGACGUGGACGUGGACGUGGACGUGGACGUGGACGUGGACGUGGACGUGGACGUGGACGUAGACGUGGACGUGGACGUGGACGUGGACGUGGACGUGGACGUGAACGCGGACGUGGACGCGGACGUGGACGCGGACGUGGACGCGGACGUGGACGUGGACGUGGACGUGGACGUGAACGUGGACAUGGACGUGGACGUGGACGUGGACGUAGACGUGGACGUGGACGUGGACGUGGACAUGGACGUGGACGUAGACGUGGACGUGGACAUGGACGCGGACGUGGACGCAGACGUGGACGUGGACGUGGACAUGGACGUGGACGUGGACGUGGACGUGGAGAGGGACGUAGACGUGGACGUGGACGUGGACGUGGACGUGGAGAGGGACGUAGACGUGGACGUGGACGUGGACGUGGACAUGGACGUGGACGUUGACGUGGACGUGGAGGACUUGGACGUGGACAUGGACGUGGACGUGGACGUGGACCUGGACGUGGACGUGGACAUGGACGUGGACGUGGACAUGGACGUGGACGUGGACGUGGACGUGGACAUGGACGUGGACGUGGAAGUGAACGUGGACGUGGACGUGGACGUGGACGUGGUAAUGGACGUGGACGUUGACGUGGAUGUGGACGUGGACGUGGACGUGGACAUGGACGUGGACGUGGACGUGGACGUGGACGUGGACAUGGACGAGGACGUGGACGUGAACGUGGACGUGGACAUGAACGUGGACGUGGACGUGGACGUGGACGUGGACAUGGACGUGGACGUGGACGUGGUCGUGGACGUGGACGUGGACGUGGACGUGGACGUGGACGUGGACGUGGACGUGGACUUGGACAUGGACGUGGACGUGGACGUGGACGUGGACAUGGACGUGGACGUGGACGUGGACGUGGACAUGGACGUGGACGUGGACGUGGACGUGGACGUGGACGUGAACGUGGACGUGGACGUGGACGUGGACGUGGACGUGGACGUGGACAUGGACGUGGACGUGGACGUGGACGUGAACAUGGACGUGGACGUGGACGUGGACCUGGACGUGGACGUGGACGUGGAGGACUUGGACGUGGACAUGGACGUGGACGUGGACGUGGACGUGGACAUGGACAUGGACGUGGACGUGGACAUGGACGUGGACGUGGACAUGGACAUGGACGUGGACGUGGACGUGGACGUGAACGUGGACGUGGACGUGGACAUGGUCGUGGACGUGGACGUGGUCGUGGACGUGGACGUGGACGUGGACGUGGACAUGGACGUGGACGUGGACGUGGACGUGGACAUGGACGUAGACGUGGACGUGGACGUGGAUGUGGACGUGGAUAUGGACGUGGACAUUGACGUGGACGUGGAGGACUUGGACGUGGACAUGAACGUGGACGUGGACGUGGACGUGGACAUGGACGGGGACGUGGACGUGGACGUGGACGUGGACGUGAACGUGGACGUGGACGUGAACGUGGACAUGGACGUGGAAAUGGACGUGGACGUGGACAUGGACAUGGACGUGGACGUGGACGUGGACGUGGACGUGGACAUGGACGUGGACGUGGACGUGGACAUGGACGUGGACGUGGACGUGAAGGACUUGGACGUGGACGUGGACGUGGACAUGGACGUGGACGUGGAUAUGGAAAUGGACGUGGACGUGGACUUGGACGUGGACGUGGACGUGGACGUGGAGGACUUGGACGUGGACAUGGACGUGGACGUGGAUGUGGACGUGGACAUGGACGUGGACGUGGACAUGGACGUGGACGGGGACAUGGACGUGGACGUGGACAUGGACAUGGACGUGGACGUGGACGUGGACGUGGAAAUGGUCGUGGACGUGGACAUGGUCGUGGACGUGGACGUGGCAUGGACGGACGUGGACGUGGACGUGGAAGUGAACGUGGACGUGGACGUGGACGUGGUAAUGGACGUGGACGUUGACGUGGAUGUGGACGUGGACGUGGACGUGGACAUGGACGUGGACGUGGACGUGAACGUGGACGUGGACGUGGACGUGGACAUGGACGUGGACGUGGACGUGGACGUGGACGUAGACGUCGACGUGGACGUGGACAUGGUCGUGGACGUGGACAUGGACGUGGACGUGGACGUGGACGUGGACGUGGACAUGGACGUGGACGUCGACGUGGACGUGGACGUGGACGUGGACGUGGACAUGGACGUGGACAUGUACGUGGACGUGGACAUGGACGUGGACGUGGACAUGGACGUGGACGUGGACGUGGACGUGGACAUGGACGUGGACGUGGACGUGGACGUGGACGUGGACGUGGACGUGGACGUGGACGUGGACGUGAACGUGGACGUGAACGUGGACGUGGACGCGGACGUGGACGCGGACGUGGACGCGGACGUGGACGUGGACGUGGACGUGGACGUGAACGUGGACAUGGACGUGGACGUGGACGUGGACGUAGACGUGGACGUGGAGAGGGACGUAGACGUGGACGUGGACGUGGACGUGGACGUGGACGUGGAGAGGGACGUAGACGUGGACGUGGACGUGGACGUGGACGUGGAGAGGGACGUAGACGUGGACGUGGACGUGGACGUGGACAUGGACGUGGACGUUGACGUGGACGUGGAGGACUUGGACGUGGACAUGGACGUGGACGUGGACGUGGACCUGGACGUGGACGUGGACAUGGACGUGGACGUGGACAUGGACGUGGACGUGGACGUGGACGUGGACAUGGACGUGGACGUGGACGUGGAAGUGAACGUGGACGUGGACGUGGACGUGGACGUGGUAAUGGACGUGGACGUUGACGUGGAUGUGGACGUGGACGUGGACGUGGACAUGGACGUGGACGUGGACGUGGACAUGGACGAGGACGUGGACGUGAACGUGGACGUGGACGUGAACGUGGACGUUGACGUGGACGUGGACGUGGACAUGGACGUGGACGUGGACGUGGUCGUGGACGUGGACGUGGACGUGGACGUGGACGUGGACGUGGACUUGGACAUGGACGUGGACGUGGACGUGGACGUGGACGUGGACGUGGACAUGGACGUGGACGUGGACGUGGACGUGGACAUGGACGUGGACGUGGACGUGGACGUGGACGUGAACGUGGACGUGGACGUGGACGUGGACGUGGACGUGGACGUGGACGUGGACAUGGACGUGGACGUGGACGUGGACGUGAACAUGGACGUGGACGUGGACGUGGACCUGGACGUGGACGUGGACGUGGAGGACUUGGACGUGGACAUGGACGUGGACGUGGACGUGGACGUGGACAUGGACAUGGACGUGGACGUGGACAUGGACGUGGACGUGGACAUGGACAUGGACGUGGACGUGGACGUGGACGUGGACGUGGACGUGAACGUGGACGUGGACGUGGACAUGGUCGUGGACGUGGACGUGGUCGUGGACGUGGACGUGGACGUGGACGUGGACAUGGACGUGGACGUGGACGUGGACGUGGACAUGGACGUAGACGUGGACGUGGACGUGGAUGUGGACGUGGAUAUGGACGUGGACAUUGACGUGGACGUGGAGGACUUGGACGUGGACAAGAACGUGGACGUGGACGUGGACGUGGACAUGGACGGGGACGUGGACGUGGACGUGGACGUGGACGUGGACGUGGACGUGAACGUGGACGUGGACGUGGACGUGAACGUGGACAUGGACGUGGAAAUGGACGUGGACGUGGACAUGGACAUGGACGUGGACGUGGACGUGGACGUGGACAUGGACGUGGACGUGGACGUGGACAUGGACGUGGACGUGGACGUGAAGGACUUGGACGUGGACGUGGACGUGGACGUGGACAUGGACGUGGACGUGGAUAUGGAAAUGGACGUGGACGUGGACUUGGACGUGGACGUGGACGUGGACGUGGACGUGGACAUGGACGUGGACAUGGACGUGGACGUGGACGUGGACGUGGACAUGGACGUGGACGUGGACAUGGACGUGGACGGGGACAUGGACGUGGACGUGGACAUGGACAUGGACGUGGACGUGGACGUGGAAAUGGUCGUGGACGUGGACAUGGUCGUGGACGUGGACGUGGCAUGGACACGUGGCAGGGACGUGGACGUGGACGUGGAAGUGAACGUGGACGUGGACGUGGACGUGGUAAUGGACGUGGACGUUGACGUGGAUGUGGACGUGGACGUGGACGUGGACAUGGACGUGGACGUGGACGUGAACGUGGACGUGGACGUGGACGUGGACAUGGACGUGGACGUGGACGUGGACGUGGACGUGGACAUGGACGUGGACGUGGACGUCGACGUGGACGUGGACAUGGUCGUGGACGUGGACAUGGACGUGGACGUGGACGUGGACGUGGACAUGGACGUGGACGUGGACGUGGACGUGGACGUGGACGUGGACAUGGACGUGGACAUGUACGUGGACGUGGACAUGGACGUGGACGUGGACAUGGACGUGGACGUGGACGUGGACGUGGACAUGGACGUGGACGUGGACGUGGACGUGAACGUGGACAUGGACGUGGACGUGGACGUGGACGUGGACGUGGACGUAGACGUGGACGUGGACGUGGACGUGGACGUGGACGUGGACGUGAACGUGGACGUGGACGUGGACGUGGACGUGGACAUGGACGUGGACAUGGACGUGGACAUAGACGUGGACGUGGACGUGGACAUGGACAUGGACGUGGACGUGGACAUGGACGUGGACGUGGACGUGGACGUGGACGUGUACGUGAACGUGGACGUGGAAGUGGACAUGGACGUGGACGUGGACGUGGACAUGGACGUGGACGUGGACGUGGACGUGGAGGACUUGGAUGUGGACAUGGACGUGGACGUGGAUGUGGACGUGGACAUGGACAUAGACGUGGACGUGGACAUGGACGUGGACGUGGACAUGGACGUGGACGUGGACGUGGACGUGGACGUGAACGUGGACGUGGACGUGGACGUGGACGUGGACAUGGUCGUGGACGUGGACGUGGUCGUGGACGUGGACGUGGACGUGGACGUGGACGUGGACAUGGACGUGGACGUGGACGUGGACAUGGACGUGGACGUGGACGUGGACGUGGACGUGGACGUGGACAUGGACGUGGACAUUGACGUGGACGUGGAGGACUUGGACGUGGACAUGAACGUGGACGUGGACGUGGACAUGGAAGUGGACGUGGACAUGGACGUGAACAUAGACGUGGACGUGGACGUAGACGUGGACGUGGACGUGGACGUGGACGUGAACGUGGACGUGGACGUGGACGUGGACAUGGACGAGGACAUAGACGUGGACGUGGACGUGGACACGGACGUGGACGUGGACAUGGACGUGGACGUGGACGUGGACGUGUACGUGAACGUGGACGUUGACGUGGACAUGGACGUGGACGUGGACGCGGACGUGGACAUGGACGUGGACGUGGACGUGGACGUGGACGUGGAGGACUUGGACGUGGACAUGGACGUGGACGUGGACGUGGAUGUGGACAUGGACAUGGACGUGGACGUGGACAUGGACGUGGACGUGGACAUGGACGUGGACGUGGACGUGGACGUGGACGUGAACGUGGACGUGGACGUGGACGUGGACAUGGUCGUGGACAUGGACGUGGUCGUGGACGUGGACGUGGACGUGGACGUGGACGUGGACAUGGACGUGGACGUGGACGUGGACGUGGACAUGGACGUAGACGUGGACGUCGACGUGGACGUGGACGUGGACGUGGACGUGGACAUGGACGUGGACAUUGACGUGGACGUGGAGGACUUGGACGUGGACAUGAACGUGGACGUGGACGUGGACGUGGACAUGGAAGUGGACGUGGACAUGGACGUGGACGUGGACAUGGACGUGGACGUGGACGUGGACGUGGACAUGGACGUGGACGUGGACGUGGACGUGAACGUGGACGUGGACGUGGACAUGGACGUGGACGUGGACGUGGACGUGGACGUGGACAUGGACGUGGACGUGGACAUGGACGUGGACGUGGACGUCGACGUGGACGUGGACCUGGUCGUGGACGUGGACGUGGACGUGGACCUGGACGUGGACGUGGACGUGGACGUGGACAUGGACGUGGACGUGGACGUGGACGUGGACGUGGACAUGGACGUGGACGUGGAUGUGGACGUGGACGUGGACGUGGACGUGGACGUGGACGUGAACGUGGACGUGGACGUGGACGUGGACGUGGACAUGGACGUGGACGUGGACGUGGACGUGGACAUGGACGUGGACGUGGACGUGGACGUGGACGUCGACAUGGACAUGGACUGGACGUGGACGUGGACGUGGACGGACGUGGACUUGGACGUGGACGUGGACGUCGACGUGGACGUGAACGUGGACGUCGACGUGGACGUGGACGUGGACGUGGUCGUGGACGUGGACAUUGACGUGGACGUGGACGUGGAUGUGGACGUGGACGUGAACAUGGACGUCGACGUGGACGUGGACGUGGACAUGGUCGUGGACGUGGACGUGGACGUGGACGUGGACAUGGACGUGGAUGUGGACGUGGACAUGGACGUGGACGUGGACGUGGAGGACUUGGACGUGGACAUGGACAUGGACGUGGACGUGGACGUGGACGUGAACGUGGACAUCGACGUGGACGUGGACAUGGACGUGGACAUGGACAUGGACGUGGACGUGGACGUGGACAUGGACGUGGACAUGGACAUGGACGUGGACGUGGACGUGGACGUGGAUGUGGACGUGGACAUGGUCCUGGAAGUGGACGUGGACAUGGACGUGGACAUGGACGUGGACGUGGACAUGGACGUGGACGUGAACGUGGAGGACUUGGACGUCGACAUGGACGUGGACGUGGACCUGGACAUGGACAUGGACGUGGACGUGGACGUGGACAUGGACGUGGACGUGGACGUGGACGUGGACGUGGACGUGGACGUGGACAUAGACGUGGACAUGGACGUGGACGUGGACAUGGACGUGGACGUGGACAUGGACGUGGACGUAGACGUGGACGUGGACGUGGACGUGAACGUGGACAUGGACGUGGACGUGGACGUGGACGUGGACGUGGACGUAGACGUGGACGUAGACGUGGACAUGGACGUGGACGUGGACGUGGACGUGGACGUGAACGUGGACGUGGACGUGGACGUGGACGUGGACGUGGACGUGGACAUAGACGUGGACGUGGACGUGGACGUGGACAUGGACGUGGACGUGGACGUGGACGUGGACUUGGACGUGUACGUGAACGUGGACGUGGACAUGGACAUGGACGUGGACGUGGACGUGGACGUGGACGUGGACAUGGACGUGGACGUGGACGUGGAGGACUUGGACGUGGACAUGGACGUGGACGUGGACGUGGACGUGGACAUGGACAUGGACGUGGACGUGGAGAUGGACGUGGACGUGGACAUGGACGUGGACGUGGACGUGGACGUGGACGUGGACGUGAACGUGAACGUGGACGUGGACGUGGACGUGGACGUGGACAUGGUCGUGGACGUGGACGUGGUCGUGGACGUGGACGUGGACGUGGACAUGGACGUGGACGUGGACGUGGACGUGGACGUGGACAUGGACGUAGACGUGGACGUGGACGUGGACGUGGACGUGGACAUAGACGUGGAUAUUGACCUGGACGUGGAGGACUUGGACGUGGACAUGAACGUGGACGUGGACGUGGACAUGGACGUGGACGUGGACAUGGACGUGGACGUGGACAUGGACGUGGACGUGGACGUGGACGUGGACGUGGACAUGGACGUGGACGUGGACGUGGACGUGAACGUGGACGUGGACGUGGACAUGGACGUGGACGUGGACGUGAACGUGGACGUGGUCGUGGACGUGGACAUGGACGUGGACGUGGACGUGGACGUGGACAUGGACGUGGACGUGGACAUGGAGGUGGACGUGGACGUCGACGUGGACGUGGACGUGGACAUGGAGGUGGACGUGGACGUGGACGUGGACGUGGACGUGGACGUGGACAUGGACGUGGACAUGGACGUGGACGUGGACGUGGACGUGGACAUGGACGUGGACGUGGACGUGGACGUGGACGUGGACAUGGACGUGGACGUGGACGUGGACGUGGACAUCGACGUGGACGUGGACAUGGACGUGGACGUGGACAUCGACGUGGACGUGGACGUGGACGUGGACGUGGACAUGGACGUGGACGUGGACGUGAACGUGGACGUGGACCUGGACGUGGAUGUGGACGUGGACGUGGACAUGGACGUGGACGUGGACGUGGACGUGGACGUGAACGUGGACAUGGACGUGGACGUGGACGUGGACGAGAACGUGGACAUGGACGUGGACGUGGACGUGGACGUGGACGUGGACAUGGACGUGGACGUGGACGUGGACGUGGACAUGGACGUGGACGUGGACGUGGACGUGAAGGACUUGGACGUGGACGUGGACGUGGACGUGGACAUGGACGUGGACGUGGAUAUGGACAUGGACGUGGACGUGGACAUGGAUGUGGACGUGGACGUGGACGUGGACAUGGACGUGGACAUGGACGUGGACGUGGACGUGGACGUGGACGUGGACAUGGACGUGGACGUGGACGUGGACAUGGUCGUGGACGUGGACGUGGUCGUGGACGUGGACAAGGACGUGGACGUGGACGUGGACAUGGACGUGGACGUGGACGUGGACGUGGACAUGGACGUAGACGUGGACGUGGACGUGGACGUGGACGUGGACGUGGACAUGGACGUGGACAUUGACGUGGACGUGGAGGACUUGGACGUGGACAUGAACGUGGACGUGGACGUGGACAUGGAAGUGGACGUGGACAUGGACGUGAACAUGGACGUGGACGUGGACGUAGACGUGGACGUGGACGUGGACGUGGACGUGGACGUAAACGUGGACGUGGACGUGGACGUGGACGUGGACAUGGACGUGGACAUAGACGUGGACGUGGACGUGGACGUGGACACGGACGUGGACGUGGACAUGGACGUGGACGUGGACGUGGACGUGUACGUGAACGUGGACGUGGACGUGGACAUGGACGUGGACGUGGACGUGGACGUGGACAUGGACGUGGACGUGGACGUGGACGUGGACGUGGACAUGGACAUGGACAUGGACGUGGACGUGGACAUGGACGUGGACGUGGACAUGGACGUGGACGUGGACGUGGACGUGGACAUGGACAUGGACGUGGACGUGGACAUGGACGUGGACGUGGACGUGGACGUGGACGUGGACAUAGACAUGGACGUGGACGUGGACAUGGACGUGGACGUGGACGUGGACGUGGACUUGGACAUGGACAUGGACGUGGACGUGGACAUGGACGUGGACGUGGACAUGGACGUGGACGUGGACGUGGACGUGGACGUGAACGUGGACGUGGACGUGGACGUGGACAUGGUCGUGGACGUGGACGUGGUCGUGGACGUGGACGUGGACGUGGACGUGGACAUGGACGUGGACGUGGACGUGGACGUGGACAUGGACGUAGACGUGGACGUGGACGUGGACGUGGACGUGGACAUGGACGUGGACAUUGACGUGGACGUGGAGGACUUGGACGUGGACAUGAACGUGGACGUGGACGUGGACAUGGAAGUGGACGUGGACAUGGACGUGGACGUGGACAUGGACAUGGACGUGGACGUGGACAUGGACGUGGACGUGGACGACGUGGACAUGGACGUGGACGUGGACGUCGACGUGGACGUGGACCUGGUCGUGGACGUGGACGUGGACGUGGACCUGGACCUGGACGUGGACGUGGACGUGGACGUGGACAUGGACGUGGACAUGGACGUGGACGUGGACGUGGACGUGGACAUGGACGUGGACGUGGACGUGGAUGUGGACGUGGACGUGGACAUGGACGUGGACGUGGACGUGGACGUGGACGUGGACGUGAACGUGGACGUGGACGUGGACGUGGCCAUGGACGUGGUCGUGGACGUGGACGUGGACAUGGACGUGGACGUGGACGUGGACGUGGACGUGGACGUCGACAUGGACAUGGACGUGGACGUGGACGUGGAUGUGGACAUGGACGUGGACGUGAAGGACUUGGACGUGGACGUGGACGUGGACGUGGACAUGGACGUGGACGUGGAUAUGGACAUGGACGUGGACGUGGACUUGGACGUGGAUGUGGACGUGGACGUGGACGUGGACGUGGACGUGGACAUGGACGUGGACGUGGACGUGGACGUGGAAAUGGACGUGGACGUGGACGUGGACGUGGAAAUGGUCGUGGACGUGGACAUGGUCGUGGACGUGGACGUGGUAUGGACACGUGGCAGGGACGUGGACUUGGACGUGGACGUGGACGUGGACGUGGACGUGAACGUGGACGUCGACGUAGACGUGGACGUGGACGUGGUCGUGGACGUGGACAUGGACGUGGACGUGGACGUGGAUGUGGACGUAGACGUGAACGUGGACGUCGACGUGGACGUGGACGUGGACAUGGUCGUGGACGUGGACGUGGACGUGGACGUGGACGUGGACAUGGACGUGGAUGUGGACGUGGACAUGGACGUGGAUGUGGACGUGGAGGACUUGGACGUGGACAUGGACAUGGACAUGGACGAGGACGUGGACGUGGACGUGGACGUGAACGUGGACAUCGACGUGGACGUGGACAUGGACGUGGACAUGGACAUGGACGUGGACGUGGACGUGGACAUGGACGUGGACAUGGACAUGGACGUGGACGUGGAGGUGGACGUGGAUGUGGACGUGGACAUGGUCCUGGAAGUGGACGUGGACAUGGACGUGGACAUGGACGUGGACGUGGACAUGGACGUGGGCGUGAACGUGGAGGACUUGGACGUCGACAUGGACGUGGACGUGGACCUGGACAUGGACGUGGACGUGGACGUGGAGGUGGACGUGGACAUGGACGUGGACGUGGACGUGGACGUGGACGUGGACAUGGACGUGGACAUGGACGUGGACGUGGACUUGGACGUGGACGUGGACAUGGACGUGGACGUGGACGUGGACGUGGACGUGGACGUGGACGUGGACGUGGACGUGAACGUGGACGUGGACGUGGACGUGGACGUGGACGUGGAUAUAGACGUGGACGUGGACGUGGACGUGGACAUGGACGUGGACGUGGACGUCGACGUGGACGUGGACGUGUACGUCGACGUGGACGUGGACGUGUACGUGAACGUGGACGUGGACAUGGACAUGGACGUGGACGUGGACGUGGACGUGGACAUGGACGUGGACGUGGAUGUGGACGUGGAGGACUUAGACGUGGACAUGGACGUGGACGUGGACGUGGACGUGGACAUGGACAUGGACGUGGACGUGGACAUGGACGUGGACGUGGACAUGGACGUGGACGUGGACGUGGACGUGGACGUGAACGUGGACGUGGACGUGGACGUGGACAUGGUCGUGGACGUGGACGUGGUCGUGGACGUGGACGUGGACGUGGACGUGAACAUGGACGUGGACGUGGACGUUGACGUGGACGUGGACAUGGACGUAGACGUGGACGUGGACGUGGACGUGGACGUGGACAUAGACGUGGAUAUUGACGUGGACGUGGAGGACUUGGACGUGGACAUGAACGUGGACGUGGACGUGGACAUGGACGUGGACGUGGACAUGGACGUGGACGUGGACAUGGACGUGGACGUGGACGUGGACGUGGACGUGGACAUGGACGUGGACGUGGACGUGGACGUGAACGUGGACGUGGACGUGGACAUGGACGUGGACGUGGACGUGGACGUGGACGUGGACGUGGACGUGGACAUGGACGUGGACGUGGACGUGAACGUGGACAUGGACGUGGACGUGGACGUGGACGAGAACGUGGACAUGGACGUGGACGUGGACGUGGACGUGGACAUGGACGUGGACGUGGACGUGGACGUGGACAUGGACGUGGACGUGGACGUGGACGUGAAGGACUUGGACGUGGACGUGGACGUGGACGUGGACAUGGACGUGGACGUGGAUAUGGACAUGGAUGUGGACGUGGACAUGGAUGUGGACGUGGACGUGGACGUGGACAUGGACGUGGACAUGGACGUGGACGUGGACGUGGACGUGGACGUGGACGUGGACAUGGACGUGGACGUGGACGUGGACGUGGACGUGGACAUGGUCGUGGACGUGGACGUGGUCGUGGACGUGGACAAGGACGUGGACGUGGACGUGGACAUGGACGUGGACGUGGACGUGGACGUGGACAUGGACGUAGACGUGGACGUGGACGUGGACGUGGACGUGGACGUGGACAUGGACGUGGACAUUGACGUGGACGUGGAGGACUUGGACGUGGACAUGAACGUGGACGUGGACGUGGACAUGGAAGUGGACGUGGACAUGGACGUGAACAUGGACGUGGACGUGGACGUAGACGUGGACGUGGACGUGGACGUGGACGUGGACGUGGACGUGAACGUGGACGUGGACGUGGACGUGGACGUGGACAUGGACGUGGACAUAGACGUGGACGUGGACGUGGACGUGGACACGGACGUGGACGUGGACAUGGACGUGGACGUGGACGUGGACGUGUACGACUUGGACGUGGACAUGGACGUGGACGUGGACGUGGACGUGGACAUGGACAUGGACGUGGACGUGGACAUGGACGUGGACGUGGACAUGGACGUGGACGUGGACGUGGACGUGGACGUGAACGUGGACGUGGACGUGGACGUGGACAUGGUCGUGGACGUGGACGUGGUCGUGGACGUGGACGUGGACGUGGACGUGGACAUGGACGUGGACGUGGACGUGGACGUGGACAUGGACGUAGACGUGGACCGUGGACUGGACGUGGACGUGGACAUGGACGUGGACGUGGACAUGGACGUGGACGUGGACGUGGACAUGGACGUGGACCUGGACGUGGACGUGGACAUGGACGUGGACGUGGACAUGGACGUGGACGUGGACGUCGACGUGGACGUGGACCUGGUCGUGGACGUGGACGUGGACGUGGACCUGGACGUGGACGUGGACGUGGACGUGGACAUGGACGUGGACAUGGACGUGGACGUGGACGUGGAUGUGGACGUGGACAUGGACGUGGACGUGGACGUGGAUGUGGACGUGGACGUGGACAUGGACGUGGACGUGGACGUGGACGUGGACGUGGACGUGAACGUGGACGUGGACGUGGACGUGGACAUGGACGUGGUCGUGGACGUGGACGUGGACAUGGACGUGGACGUGGACGUGGACGUGGACGUCGACAUGGACAUGGACGUGGACGUGGACGUGGAUGUAGACGUGGACGUGGACACGUGGACGUGGACGUUGGACGUGGACGUGGACGUGGACAUGGACGUGGACGUGGACGUGGACGUGAACGUGGACGUGGACGUGGACGUGGACGUGGACAUAGACGUGGACGUGGACGUGGACGUGGACAUGGACGGGACGUGGACGUCGACGUGGACGUGUGACGUGUACCUGUGA